AUGGCUGCUUCAAUGAACGGUACUGCUAAACCAUUAUUUCGAAAAAGUUACUCAAUUGAGUAUGGAUAUAAACCACGAAAACGAACACUAAUUGCUGAUGCUGAAUUUGAUCGUGAGCAGCACGAUGUCGAGCAACAUAAACAUCAACCAAUAAACUAUGACGGAGAAACCAAAGAAGAAUGUACUUAUACAAUUUUAGUUACAAUUAAGAAUAAAAAAAGUGCAUCAAUACUGAAUUUAAUUAGUGUGUUUAAUCGAGAUGGACUAAACGUACAACAUAUGGAAACACGUCCGACUGCCUCGUCACCUACUAAAACCGAGUCACCCAUUGGACUUGAUGUUUUUAUGGAAGUUAUAUGUACGGAUAAAGUUAUGGAUGAUCUCAAACGAGAUUUAUUUCAAUCCGAUUCGAAAUUUAUUGUAAAAAAUAUCAAGACUCAUGCGCCUGUAUCAAAUAAAGAAUCAAAUAAAAUCAAUCAUGAAAACGGUACAACUGAUAUCAUCUGGUUUCCAAUGUCUAUAUGGGAACUAGAUCGAUGUCAUCAUUUACAUACGGACUAUCAACCUGAUAUGGACUCACGUCAUCCUGGUUUUUCCGAUAAAGCAUAUCGAGCACGACGUGAGCACAUUGCUGGAGUAGCAUUCAGUUUUCGACAUGGUGAUGCUAUACCAAAAGUAGAAUACACGCCGGAUGAAAUUAAAACAUGGGGACUCAUUUAUCGACAAUUAUCUAAACUGUAUCCAACAGCUGCAUGUAAACAACAUAUUCAUGUACUUGAAAUAUUAGAAAAAGAAGGUGGCUUUUCGGAAAAAGUGAUUCCACAAUUAGAAGAUGUAUCACGUUUUAUGAGAAAACGAUCUGGUUUUCAAUUACGUCCUUGUGCAGGUCUGCUAUCUGCUCGAGAUUUUCUGGCUAGUUUAGCAUUUCGAGUAUUUCAAUGUACACAAUAUAUUCGGCAUCCAUCAUCUCCACUUCAUUCGCCUGAGCCAGAUGUUGUGCAUGAACUUCUUGGCCAUGUUCCACUUCUAUCGGAUCCAAAUUUUGCCCAAUUUUCGCAAGAUAUUGGUUUAGCUUCGUUAGGUGUUAGUGAUGAUGACAUAGUAAAACUUUCAACACUCUAUUGGUUUACUAUUGAAUUUGGUUUAUGCCGUGAAAAUGGACAAAUUAAGGCAUACGGCGCAGGUCUUCUUUCAUCAUUUGGUGAACUUCAACAUGCUUUAUCGCCAACACCUCAAAUCAAACCAUUUGAACCAGAAACCACCGUUAUACAAGAAUAUCAAGAUGAAGAUUAUCAACAGAUUUAUUUCCUAGCUGAAACCUUUGAAGAUGCAAAAGAAAAAUUACGCAUUUAUGCUAAGUCUUUAAAGCGUCCAUAUGAGUUGGUCUAUGACGCACAUACACAAUCCUUACGUAUUCUGGAUAAUAUUAAAGUUAUUCAUGAUCUUAGUACUAAACUUAAACUUGACAUGGAUGUGCUUGAACAUGCACUUGAUCGUCUUCAUACAAAUGGUAUUAACUUUAAAAUCAUUUCAUAA